AUGGCCAAUACAAACUACUCUAGCCAUGCUUCCUUCGUUGUUUCAAUUGAUUAUUACGCCCGAGCGAUCGAAAAAUAUUGUACUCUAGUUAUAUUAACUCCUAGGAAAAUUGGUGACAAUAACCAAACCAAGGUUCGUGUCACUUAUGAAGGUGUGAAUCCUUCAUCUAAACCAACUGUGAAUCGUACUAAGAAUGACAUUGUUUUUGGUCAUCAGAUCAAUGAACAUUAUGAUGGUAAGAUUCGUAGUGGUCCACACAUAAAAAAUGGACCAUAUACGUGCCGAAAGUGCGAAAAACAAUUUGUGACAUCUCAACACUUUGCUUCGCAUGCCCGUGCGGAUCACUACAAGUAUGAAAGCAAAGACCAGAGGAGGAAGAGAACUUUAUCAAAAUUUCGAAGGAGAAAUUUUUCCCUUCAAAAGGUUAGUGGUGGACUUACUGUCGUUCCCAUUCCUUUUGAGGGUGCAGGGACAUCAAGGGUUUCUAGUGAAGAAGACCCUACUCAUGGAAUGGAAGCUCUUGGUGAUGGAUUAGCUGGUGAAAAAAUAAAAUUAGAGCCUUCUGCAUAA